AUGGACGAAAUUUUUGCCAAUGCAAAAUCGAUUCUUAUCGUGUGGUUUGAUUCUGCUAAAACAGAGAAUUUGUUACCAUUCAAAGAAAAGAUACAGAUGAAAGCGAAACAAGCUGAAAUUUCAUUUGAAAAUGCUCAUAUGCUUAAUGAAUCAAAACGACAAUCAUCAUCAUUUGACAUUAUCAUUUACGGUUUGAUCAUUGAACAAGAUAUAUGGCCAUCCAUUGAACUUUUAAAUGAAUUAUUUCGUUUAUUAAAACCAAAUUCUUAUAUAAUAACACACAUAGCACAAGAUAAAGAAGUGAAUGCACUUGAUCGUUUUAAAAUGUGUGGUUUCGUUAAUUGUAAUAAACUUGAUAAUAAUAGUUCAUUUUUAAUGGAACUUAAAGAUUAUAGUACGAGACAACUCGGUUCAUUAUGGUUAUGCCAAAAACCAUCGUUUGAUAUUGGAUAUUCUGUACCAUUGAAGAAUAUUAAGCAAUCACAAAAACAAGUACCUUCAUCAAAACCGAAUAAUGUUUGGAAAAUAAAUGCUAAUGACGAUGACGAUGAUUUAAUUGAUACAGACGCAUUAUUGGAUGAAGAAGAUAGAAAGAAGCCAGACAUUAAAAAUUAUGAUUGUGGUACAGCAUCGAACGGUGUUCGUAAAGCUUGUAAAAAUUGUACAUGUGGUUUGGCGCAAGAACUUGAAAAAAGUGAAUAUGAUUCAGCAGCAAAAAAUGUAAAAUCAUCGUGUGGAAGUUGUUAUUUGGGUGAUGCAUUUCGUUGCGCUGGCUGUCCUUAUCGGGGAUUACCACCGUUUCAACCUGGUGAAAGAAUUAAUAUUCCAACAAUGUCCGACGUUUAA